AUGAGGCCCUGGGAGCUCUGGGAGAUGAAGUUCGGCUGCCUGUCCUUCCAGCAGCCUCAUGUGGGUUUCGUCUUAAAUGGGGUGAAGACCCUGGAGACGCGGUGGUGGCCCGUGCUGAGCGGCCACCGGCACCGUACCCUGGCCAUCCACAUCACGCACAGGGACUGGGAGGACAUGGCCUGGAGGGAGCUGCUGGCCGAGAGGCUGGGGAUGAGCCCCGCACAGAUCCAGGCCUUGCUGCGGGACAGGGAGAAGUUUGGCCGCGGAGUGAUAGCUGGGCUGGUUGACAUUGGGGACACUUUGCUGUGCCCAGAAAACUUAGGUCCCAACGAGGUUGCGGAGCUGGAGAAUCAAGCCCUGCUGCCCAACCUGCGGCAGAAGUACCUGACUGCGCUUGCCAAUCCCCGCUGGCUGCUGCAGCCUGUCCCUGGGAGAGGCGGGAAGGACGUCUUCCAGGUGGACAUCCCCGAGCACCUGAUCCCCUUUGGGCAGGAGGCCUGACCAGACUGGGCUCUCGAGAGG